AUGGAGAGACUAGUAAAUCGGCGCCUUGUAACCUAUCUGGAGCAGGGAAACUUCCUCGACCUCCGGCAGUUUGCCUUCAGAAAAGGAUUCGGCUCAGGCAUCCAUCUCGGUUCGUUUGGAGAGGUUGUCGGUCAGACACUCGAGGAAAACAAGCACGCCGAUAUCGCGAUCCUCGACCUCGCCAAGGCCUACAAUACGGUCUGGCGAGAGGGUGUACUGCGGCAAUUACAUCAGUGGGGAAUAAGAGGAAAUAUGGGCCGCUUCGUUCAGGAAUUUCUCAGGAACAGAACCUUCCGAGUGUGUAUCGGAGGAAACAAAUCUGAUAGCUUCCGGGAAGCCAAUGGGGUCCCGCAAGGAUCCGUGUUGGCCCUUUUUCUCGUAAGCAUUAAUACUCUAUUCGAUGCUUUACUGAAAGGAGUAUUUAUAUUCUUAUAUGCUGAUGAUAUUAUUUUGGUGGCGAUCGGAAAAUUGCAGGCUGCUGUUAACGCCGUAGGUCGGUGGGCCGAAGCAACCGGUUUCAAUAUUGCCCCCGAAAAAUGGGCUAUUGCACACUACUGCAACUCCCACCACGUUGCUUUCGACCAACCCGUGAAAUUCGCCGGUGCAACGAUACCAUUUCGAAAGGAACCGCAAAUUCUCGGAAUUAAGGUAGACCGGAGAAUGACCUUCACAUCCCACUUCCAGCAAAUAAAAAAGGAUUACGAAAGCAGGAAAAGACUAGUUCGCACCAUAAGCUCCCGCCACACCAAGUGCAACAGAGAAACGGCUCUAAAUUACACCGGCGGAAGCCGCCUGCAUGGAGGCAGGAAUUUUACCAUGUUGCCACCGCCAUCAACGUUGUGA